GGGGGGUCGAGACGCUUAAAGGGACCGGUCCCCAAAGAGGAGAGAUAUUUAAAGGUGCAGGCUGCCGGGCUGUCGCCGGCCAGGGGGGGCCGAGCUCGGCGCGCAGGAGACCUACGUAAAGUGGUAGGUGCUCGGGAGAGCAGGACGCUUUAAGGAGACCAGAGCCAAGCUUGUGAAGAGGCUGGGAUGGGGUGAGAACACGUCCGUUGAAGGCAGGGAUAAAGGAGUCGCUUGUCAAGGGCCCGGCGAGGUCUCCCUCUAAGGAAAAAAGAACAUGCACUCCUGCUCUCCCCCAAUGUCCUUUCUGGCUCCUCCAGGUUCCCUUGACCCCGGACCCCCCUGUUCCCAGGCUAUGGCCCCCAGUGCCCUGUAGACCUGGCGCGACUCCCGUGCUUUCGACCCCUAUUUGGGGCCCUGGGUGGCUACUGGAGGGCCUUGCAGAGGGGCAGAGAAGGCAGGACCAUGGCAUCUAGGGCCUCUGAACCUCCCUCAGGGCGCAGCGUGACGGCGGGCAUCAUCAUUGUUGGAGAUGAGAUCCUCAAGGGACACACUCAGGACACCAACACCUACUUUCUAUGCCGGACACUGCGCUCCCUGGGGGUCCAGGUGUGCCGGGUCUCUGUCGUACCCGACGAGGUGGCCACCAUCGCGGCAGAGGUCACUUCUUUCUCCAGCCGCUUCACCCACGUCCUCACGGCAGGGGGCAUCGGCCCCACUCACGAUGAUGUGACCUUUGAGGCGGUAGCACAGGCCUUCGGGGAUGAGCUCAAGCCGCACCCCGAGCUGGAAGCGGCCAUCCGAGCCCUCGGAGGGAAGGGCUUCGAGAAGCUGUCCGUAGUGCCCUCCUCCGCCCGCCUGCAUUACGGCACAGACCCUCACACGGGCCGGCCCUUCAAGUUCCCACUGGUCUCCGUCCGAAAUGUCUACCUCUUCCCAGGCAUUCCCGAGCUGCUGCGGAGGGUGCUGGAGGGGCUGAAGGGGCUGUUCCGAAACACGGCGGUGCAGUUCCACCUGCGGGAGCUGUACGUGGCCGCCGACGAGGCCUCCAUCGCUCCCGUGCUGGCUGAGGCACAGGCCCACUUUGGGCGCAGGCUCGGCCUGGGCUCCUACCCCGACUGGGGCAGCAACUACUAUCGGGUGAAGCUGUCGCUGGACUCGGAGGAAGAGGGGCCGCUGGAGGAGUGCCUGGCCUACCUGACUGCCCGUCUGCCCCCGGGAUCGCUGGUCCCCUACGUGCCCGACGCCGUGGGGCAGGCCAGGGAGGCUGUCUACCAGCUCGCAGAAUCAGUAAAUGUCAACCGGGUGCCCACUCCUGCCAGCACUGUCCUGGGUACUGCGGACCGAGCUCAACAGGACAGUGUGUUACACACCACGGCCUUCUGGGCCGGCAGUGUAACAAGAAAGGGUCUCCUCUGGGGGGGAAGGUGGCAGGCGCCCUGCAGACCAUUGAGACCGCCCUGGCUCAGUACGACCUCAGCCACCUUUGCGUGGGCUUCAAUGGAGGCAAGGACUGCACGGCCCUCCUGCACCUCUUCCACGCGGCCGUGCAGAGCCCAUCCAGGAGCAGAGAGAACAGUGUGCGAGCUCUCUGGGGAGCAUUGCUCUGCCAAGCCUGUGCGUCCUCCCCUCCCCAGGACACGCCCCGAUACUCAGGAGCCCCUCCAGAUCCUGUACAUCCGCAACAUCUCCCCCUUCCCCGAGCUGGAGCAGUUCCUACAGGACACCAUCAAGAGGUAUAAUCUGCAGGUGCUGGAGGCCGAGGGCCACAUGAAGCAGGCCCUGUGUGAGCUGCAGGCCCGGCACCCCCGGCUGGAGGCCGUCCUGAUGGGCACCCGCCGCACCGACCCCUACUCCUGCAGCCUCCACCCCUUCAGCCCCACGGACCCUGGCUGGCCUGCCUUCGUGCGCGUCAACCCGCUGCUGGUCUGCACUGCCCAGAAUGGCAGCCACUAGCCUCUUACCGAUACUCAAAUUACAACCUACUGAAAUGAAAGAAAGAAUGACCCCAAACCACUGAGUGGUGCGCUCCAAGUGUGACGAAUUCUGUGGU